GUCUCCUCCUAUGUCAAAUGUCAAUUAGUUGUCAUCACGUUUUGACGCUUCUCUCCUUUUCUUGUCCCUCCCCCCUUUGAUGGUUCGUUUCGUUUUCAGUUUUCAUGCUCUCUACCUUUCGUUGAAAGACGUUUUUAGAGUCAGCUUCGCGUUUCGUGUCAAACGACUUAAAAAAAUGCGUUACGUGGCUGCCUAUUUGCUAGCUGUCCUAGGGGGCAAAGCCUCUCCAUCAAGUGCGGACAUCGAAAAGAUCCUGGGGUCCGUUGGUGUUGAAGCCGAUGGGGAAAGGCUUAAGAAAGUCAUCUCAGAGCUCAAUGGCAAGAGUAUCGACGACCUGAUUGCCCAAGGUCGUGAGAAGUUGUGCUCAAUGCCAGUAGGAGGUGCUGCACCAGCUGCUGCUGUUGGUGCAGCUGCUGCUGCUGCCCCAGCUGCUGCAGAGGAGAAGAAAGAAGCCAAGAAGGAAGAAAAGAAGGAAGACUCUGAAUCAGAUGAUGACAUGGGCUUUGGCUUGUUCGACUAAAAUGUACAUUCUACAUUUUUAAGUACAAAAAAGUUACUUUUUUAAUAAAGUAUUUAUGUUUUAUU